AUGAGUUACUCAUUUGAUGAAAUAGAAUCUCCAUACACCAAGCGUUACGAUAAUUCGAAAAAAAUUAUUAAUCGUUAUGGCUAUCAAAAAUCUAAAUUAUUUUUAUUCCUUCCUCUUGUUGAUGUUAUUCUUGGAGCAGAUUUUUUUAUGAUAUCUCCCAUUGUAGCUGGUUUUAUUCAGUCUCCACAAUAUCCAAAUCCUUAUCCUGCAGGGCUGGAAUGUAUUUGGAGUUUAACAGCUUCACCGAACUUCACAGUUAUAGCCAAAAUUUAUGAUUUCGAUGUCAAACCUCGUGUAGAAGGAAUUUGUUCAGAUUAUCUUCGAUUCUCAGCCGGUGUAGAACCUUUAUCACAAAAUGUCUCCAUUUAUUGUGGACAAACUUAUCCCAAUUCAAUCCAUUUCAACACACGAAACUUGUACGUUGAAUUCUCUACUCCAAUUGCAGUAAAUGUUAGUGGUUAUCAUGGAUUUCGACUGGGAUAUUCGUUAUAUAUCCAGAGUAGAUUGGUCAACUUUUCGUAUAUAGAAAGCUCGAGCCCAUUUCGAACUCUAUCUCUAAAUAAUGCCAAUGUACCAGCUUCUAGACGCUAUCCAAUUCAAAUCACAUGCGGCUAUACCGGAAUGCCCGUCUUAACAGGCACUAAUUUUACUUGGUUUAAUAAUAACCAACAGUUAGGCACGAUAUCUGCAAAUUCAUCCACUAUUACCUCAGUCGGAGGAUUUACACUAAAUUUAAAUUCAGAUAAUGUAUCGACGACACUAACGAUAUUCAAGGAAACUUCAUUAAAUGUCUACAGCAAUUAUAGAUGCAAUAUUACUACCGUAGCCCAAACAAUUUCCAUACAAGGUAAUUUAAUCAAGAUAUCAGACUAUCAACUACAGGUUCUAGGAGAAAAUAGUAUUUUGGAAGGCCAGACGAUGCAAUUAGAAUGUACGGUAAUAUAUACCCUGGGUAAUGCAAGUGGAUGGGAAACAUUUACGUGGCUUCUCGAUAAUUCUCCGUUAACAAAUCAAGAAGCCAACAUUCAGAUCAUCAGUAAUGCUACCAUAUCAACGCUGAUCCUAGUCAAUAUAACUCAAUCAACAUUUAAUACCAGCAAGCCCGUUUUCACUUGUUCUUACGAUGGAGACAACGGCAUAAAAUCUCAAAAUCAUACGGUAGAAAUUUUGCAAGCCCCUGCGGCCCCUAAAACUUUGGAUCUAUUGGAAACUCUACUUCCAUUUCAGACCGUUAUUCCUUCGGGUGUAGUGGAAACAUCUAAUGGUCCAUGGCAAACUCUAAUUUUAAUUCAGUCUAGUGCUUCAUCGAAAAUGGCAGAUACACUAGUAUCUGAAGCUCCACUUGCAUCGCCAACUAUAGUUCCAGUCCAAUCUAUCGAUCAAUCACAAAUUUCUAAAUCAUUGGUCGUUCCAAUUCGACCGAUCAUUCCAUCGGAAGUCGAACCGGAAUUUCCAAUUCGACCGAUCAUUCCAUCGGAAAUCGAACCGGAAUUUCCAUUUCCAACUAUCAUUCGAUCGGAAACUGCGCCGCCAUCACAAGCUUCAGUACCAGUAAUACCUGCAAGUCGGAAUCCUUCUCAGACUCCUGUUCUAUCAGAGUCUACAAAGCCAUCUGAAGUUCUAUCGGAAACUUUAACUCCAUUUCCAACAAUUAGUCCAUCCCAGGUUAUUUUACCAUCUGAAACCAAACUUUCAAUAGAAAGUAUAUCUAUAACUACGGCUCCAUCCGAGCCUUUGGUCCCACCUGGAACCUUUGUACCAUCUCAGGCCCUUCUUUCAUCGCAAACUCCAUUUCUUUCUGAGAUUCUGCUACCUUCUAUAACGCUGUCACGGUCGGAAAAUUCGGUCUUUUCUGAGACUCUAAUUCCAUCUCAAACGGUAUCCUCUCCGGAAGGAUUAGUUUCUUCUAAAAAUUUAUUUCCUUCCGAAACAAUUAUUCUAUCCAGUGCCUUUGCUUUAUCUCAAAGUUCAGUUUUAUCCGCAUCGUCAGCAAAAUCUCGAACUACAGCUUUAUCCCAAUCUUCCACUUCGACUCAAAGCCUAGUUUCUUCUCUGUCCUCAACUUCCUCUCGAUCUUCAAUAUCAUCAACUAUUACAACUUCAUCGCGAUAUUCCAAUACGUUGCAGUCUAUAUUACCUUCCGAAGGUUCAGUUGCAUCUCAAUUAUUAGUCUCAUCAAAUGCAGUAGAUCAACUUCAAACUUUAUCUCAAACUCCGGUUGUAUUUCCGUCUCCAAUUCCAUCCCAAGUUCCAGUAACAUCUCAAGCUGCACCUCCAUCUCCAACUUCAGUUCUAUCUUUGCUUACGAUUCCAUCUCAAGUUCCAGCUACAUCUCCAGCUGCUCCUUCAUCUCAAACUCCAACUGUAUCUAUAUCUUUGACUCCAUCUCAAAUUCCGAUUACACCUCCUGUUCCAUCUCCAUCUCUGGCACCAGCACCAUCUAGUAAUAGGACAUGCCCAAGUGAAUUAGCAAAUGGAUACCUUUGGCCAGAAACAUCUAUUGGUAUGGUGGCAUUGGUUUCAUGCCAACAAUCUACCAUCGGAAACGCUAGCCGUGCAUGCAUUUUCGUUGAGGCUGAAAAUAGGUCUAGAUGGGAUCAAGUAUCUACUAAUCAGUGCCCUAGUCAGAGCUUCAUUUCUUUGCAACAAGAGGCAUCAUUAUUAAACGAUAGCAGUAAUAACAUAACCGACAUAUUAAGUAAAUUACAAAAUAUCACUGAAACGCCAGCUAAUAAAAGCCUAAGUGUUGGUGAUAUCUUGGUAGCGAAUUCGAUCUUGGAUACAGUGGCUAACGUUAGCAAAAAUCAAACAGUUUCUGUCAGGGAUCUUUAUGAAUUUGUUCGGACAGGAAGCAAUUUAAUCGAUUUAAAAAAUCGAAAUCAGUGGAAUAUUAUACAACAGACGAGACCAGGAACAACAGAAUUGAGUCGAAACUUGGACCAAUUUAGUAGCCAAGUCAGCGUUAAUCCUAACCAAACCAUAAUUGUAGCAGCCAAUAAUAUUGUCAUGGAGGUUUAUGGUUUUAGCCCACAACUGAACCGAAAUUAUCAAUUUCCCGAUAGAGUUUUUAGUCUGGCUAAUUCACCAUCGAACGACAUUAUUUUCCAGACCAAUAAUUCACAGAAUUGGUUAAGAGGCAAUAAAAUCAAACUACCAGCCUCUACAUUUCAAAGCUAUAAUACAAAUAUUAAGGUGGUCAGUUUCAUGUACAGAACGUUAAGUGAGCUCUUGCCUGAUGAGAUUGAUCAAAGUAUAAGUGCAUCUUCAAGAAAUUGGAUUCCGCAAACAUUGGUAAUUUCUACCUCUCUUUAUCCGCCCCUUACCGCAGCAUUAUUAGAACCACUUGAAUAUAUAUUGGAAAAACUAUCGAAUGAAACGCUAAUAUACAAUCAACAAUUAUACGCAGUUUCUAACAAUUUUAACUGUUCAUUCUGGAAUUAUUCUAUAAGAACUAUCCAUAGUGGGGCUUGGUCAAAUCAAGGAUGUCGUAGUAAAUCCUUCAAUUCUACUCAUAUUGUCUGCCAGUGUGAUCAUUUAACUAAUUUCGCUGUAUUAAUACGUCUAUCGGAAAGAAACCUUAGUGCGCCUAUCCAACUUUCUCUUGAAAUAAUAACUUAUGUUGGCUGCGGCCUUUCAGUGGCUGGAUUAUCUGUUACUAUUGCUGUUUACGUCUUUUUAUGGAAAUUUUUGAAAAAUGCAACGCAUAAAAUACAUUUAAACCUAUUUAUUUGGCUCUUACUCUCCAAUCUGAUAUUAAUGUUCGUCGACUUAGCAAAAAAUGUCAAGCCAUUGUGCGCUGCUUUUGCUUGCUUAUUACAUUUUACGCUCUUAACCACUUUCUCUUGGAUGCUAAUUGAGGGCAUUCACAUCUACUUUAUCUUGGUAAAAGUUUUCGACGUCCGUGAAAAAUUUCGUUAUUAUCACGCAGCAUCCAUAGGCUUUUCAGCUAUAGUUGCAAUUCUUACUGCGGCUAUUACUAGUGGCGUUAGAGGAGUAGAAUUUUAUUUAAGCUCGCAAGGUUGCUGGUUAUCAGCUCAAAAUUGGGUUAUUCUUGCAUUCAUCAUUCCAUUUAUAAUUAUUUUUGUGGCCAAUGUAAUAUUUUGUGGUUUGGCCAUCCAUACCAUGCUCCAUACGAAAAAAGUCGCAGAGGAAGCUAAAGAUUUACAAAAAGCCAGAAUUGCUUUACGAGGUCUAAUUAUUCUAACGCCAAUUCUUGGCUUAACUUGGUCUUUCGGUUGCGCUCUCAUGGUUUCUGACAGCGUUGUACUUCAAUAUUUAUUUGCUAUUACUAACUCAAUUCAGGGUGUCUAUAUCUUUUUCACUCACUGCCUUUUAAGCAAAAAGAUCAAAGAAGCCUACAAUAAAUCGAAAAGAAAAGGAAGGAGGUUCAUGCUCAGUAAGAAAAAAAUCAGCCAUAAAAAAUAUAACGCCCAAGAAUCUUCACAUUCACAAUCAAGGCCUAGCUUUAGUUCUUGCUUAUUAUCUGGUGAACAAUUACGAGACGUAAAUACUUUAAUUUAG